CAAGACAUUCAUAAAACAAGAUCAAUUAUGGCACAAGGAGUACAGCUUCACCUUCAGGACAAUCGCCAUGUGGUGAUGGAUAAUGGCAUUCUCAAAGUGACUAUAUCAGUACCAGAUGGAAUUGUAACUGGAAUCAGAUACAAUGGCGUCAACAAUUUGCUCGAGGCUCGAAAUCCUGAAGAAAACAGAGGAUACUGGGACGUUGUCUGGAGCUCGACAGGAACUACUUCAAAAUUUGAAAGGCUCAAAUGCACAAACUAUAAGGUCAUUUUGAAAACAAAGGAUCAAAUAGAGCUGUCCUUCUCAAGGAAAUGGGAUGUGUCCCUUCAGAACAAACUUAUUCCCCUGAACAUAGACAAAAGGUUUAUAAUGCUUAAAGGUUCCUCAGGAUUCUAUUCUUAUGCAAUUUAUGAACAUUUAGAGGGAUGGCGUGAUUUCCACCUUGAUGAGACUAGGAUUGCGUUCAAGCUCAGAAAAGACAAGUUUCAUUAUAUGGCCAUGGCAGAUAACAGGCGGAGAUAUAUGCCUUUACCUGAUGACAGGUUACCACCUAGAGGGGAACGACUUGCUUAUCCAGAAGCAGUCCUACUUGUCGAUCCCAUUGAGCCUGAGUUCAAAGGCGAGGUCGAUGAUAAAUACCAGUACUCGUGUGAUAAUAAAGACAACAAGGUCCACGGCUGGAUAUCUAUGGAUCCACCUGUGGGAUUCUGGCAAAUUACACCAAGUGAUGAAUUUCGAUCUGGUGGACCUGUCAAACAGAGCCUUACAUCCCAUGUCGGUCCAACUAAUCUAGCUACAUUUCUAAGCACUCAUUACGCUGGGGCUGAUCUAAUACCAAAGUUUGCUCAAGGCGAAGCCUGGAAGAAAGUUUUUGGCCCCGUGUUUAUAUACAUUAAUUCUGUUAAGAAAGCAGAUCCUGUUGCUCUAUGGGAUGAUGCCAAGAUACAGAUGCAGCAUGAAGUUCAAAGUUGGCCUUAUGGUUUUCUAGCCUCAAAAGAUUUUCCGUCAGCAAAUCAAAGGGGCAAUGUUAGUGGUAGACUUUUGGUUCAAGACAAGUACAUGAGUGAUGGUCGUAUACCUGCAAAUGGCGCGUAUGUAGGGCUUGCUCGACCAGGAGAAGCUGGUUCCUGGCAAAGAGAAUGCAAGGACUACCAAUUUUGGGCUAAAUCAGACAACAAUGGAUACUUCUCUAUAAACAAUAUACGUUGCGGUGACUACAAUCUUUAUGCAUGGGUCCCUGGAUUCAUUGGGGACUAUGUAUAUGGGACUCCCAUUUCCAUAACUUCAGGUUGUAAAAUUAAUGUGCACGAAAUCGUAUAUCAGCCUCCAAGAGAUGGCCCUACAUUAUGGGAAAUAGGCAUUCCUGAUCGUACUGCUGCAGAAUAUUUUGUUCCUGAACCCAACCCGAAAUUUAUCAACAAGGUUUUCGUCAAUCAUCCUGACAGGUUUAGGCAAUAUGGAUUGUGGGAUAGGUACUCCGAGUUAUAUCCAACGGAUGACCUUGUGUAUGUAAUUGGAAAAAGUGACUAUAGAAAAGACUGGUUUUUUGCUCAGGUUCCAAGGAGAAAAGAGGAUGGCACGUAUCAAGGAACGACAUGGCAAAUCAGAUUUAAACUUGAUUCAGUCAAUCAAGGAGGAACAUAUAAAUUGCGCAUUGCAAUUGCAUCUGCAACUUUAGCUGAAGUGCAGGUUCGGGUGAAUAAUCCUAGCACAAACCGACCUCUAUUUACAACCGGAUUGUUUGGAAGAGAUAACUCAAUUGCUAGGCAUGGCAUUCAUGGAUUAUAUUGGCUGUACAAUAUAGACAUACAGGGAAAUCUUCUAGUGCAAGGGGACAACACCAUUUACUUAGGCCAACCAAGACAUCAAAGUCCUUUCCAGGGGAUUAUGUAUGACUAUAUUCGUCUUGAAGCUCCACCAAACUAAGAAAUGUUUCAGAUUAUUAUAAUUCUAAGUAAGUAAAUUGUUUGUGUUCGAUUUGUAUUACCAGUUUAUCAUUAAA